AUGGCUAGAGCCUGCUGGUGCUUCUCCGGCCAGUUGCACUUCUUGAGAUGGACGAGGAAGCUGGGCGAACUGGGAAGGACAUGGGAUGAGAACGUCUGCGACGGUUGUGUUGGUGUCAAAGUCGUUAAUCUUGGGUUUCUUCUUCUCGGCUUCACGCCGUUCUUCUUGCUCUUCGGCUUCCUUCUCGGCUCAAUUGAGCUCUUCCCGAUCCCGCUGUGCACGGGCAUCUGCUUCACUUUGUUGUUGCCAGAGGUCAAUGUGCUCCUGGCGCUCAAUCCUCCAACCUUCUGCCAUCUGCGCGAGAGCAUCCUCUCUGGUUGUUCCUCCUAUAGUGAACUCGAAAUUGGGUUGCGCCUCAAGCGCUGGGUCAGCGAGAAUGUGGUCCAUGUGGAGCCGGGAGAAAACGGAAGUUCAUUCAAUGUUGUUCCGGGAGAGAGAAUAGAAAAGGAAAUGCAAUGUGAAGGAUACGUAGCUGUGGAGAAAGAAAAGAAAAGAAAAGAGACGAAGUCAUUGAGGACGACUGAGCUGAGAGGGACCGUUGCAGUACGAAGGCAAAGGAGUCACAAGAGAACUGACGAAGAGUAUGAACAGCGCCGCCUCACCGAGGCUGUAUCAAAGCUGAGCUUGUCAGGGUGCUGCAAUAAUCCUCAAAGUAUGGAAAAAGCUCCACGUAUCCAUUGGGCGUUGCUGCAACUCAGUCGUGGUGCACUCGCAGUACCAAACCAUGCAGAUCCAUCAGCUGAUGAUGGUUAUAAUACACUAGUUGCGAGUAAUAAAGUUCAUUUUCGUCAGCUCGAGUGCAACAGAAACGCCCCUCCUCACAUAGUGCAUGCAAUGCAGGGCACACCUCCACAACCUGCUAUGGUGCAUGCCGUCACGAUGCCAACAGUACAAGAUACAGCACCUCUGCAUCCUGACACGGCGAUGCCAACAGUGCAACUGCCGUCAUUCUCGCUCCCCAAACCACCAUAUCCAGCGCAAAUCAGCACAUUUAGUGUGCUGUCAUUUGCAUUAGUAUCGGGUGCUCGCAUCAUAGACUACCGACCCACGACAAUUCAGUCCCCGCCACCACUCACAAUCGCAGACAACUCAGAACGCCGCAUCAGAGUCUCAUCAUAUAGUUCUCUGGCUGGGGCACUCAAUUAUCAGCAUGCAGCUGAAACAUCAUCAUACGAUGUACCUGCCCCCGUGCUCUCCACAAGCAACACAGCAUCCCAAGCACAGUCACCUAGUACCAUACCUUAG